AAGAAAAACGCGUUCGUGGCCGGUCGCAAGUUCGAGAAAAGGUUUACAUUUUACUGUAUAAAAAGUGCAUUUUUGUGUAUGAUUUGUGCUGAAAAGUUGUUAAUUGCGUAGUUGGUAACCUUCGGAACAAGGAAGUGAUAAAGUUUCGCGGAAACCGAUGUAGUACAGGGCGGAAAACAGCAUGCAAAGUGUUGGAAUUUUUGUGAUUCCAAGAAUCAAAGCCGCUCGUCGUCGUAGGUCUUCUUUUUGCUUUUGGUGGUGUUCUUGUUGCACAGGGGCGCUCUCGUUUCAAGGCAAUAUUGAAAUGCGUGAUUCCUUAUUCUGAUAUUUAUGGUUGAGAUUUUGCUUACAAACGUUCAAGAACCAUGUCAACCGAUUCCGAAAGCCACUCGCUAACGGACAAGGCUAGCCGUAAUUCGGCUACCUAUUCGAUAUGCUCGCUGGAUGAGGUCCCCGUCCGAAAGAGUGCAGUUCAAAUUAUUCGGGAGCGCAGCUCAACGGAUUUGCUCCAACCGGGGUCGCCUCGCAGGAAAGGAACUAUGCAAAUCACAAAGUUAGUGCUGAAGGAUCCACCGACCAGUCCUAAGCGAACCAAGGUGACCCCGAUGGUGAUCAAAUCGAUCAAGACUUUUACCAGUUCGGCGCUUAUAGCUGAGAAUGGGCAAAUUUUGAACGAUCACAGCAACAAACAGAAGGAUCAGUUGGGUCCCAGUGGAGAAGAAGAGUACAGGAUUACUCCACUGCCGCAGGUAAACGCCGGUCGGCUUCUGGAAGAGUUCGAAGCGAAGAAAAACGAACGAAAUCUAGCGAGUAACGAAUUUCAGAACUACCUGCUGGAGAGCUUCAACAAGGAGAAUAGACCGAAGACUGGGAUUGAAAUUUCCAAGGCAACAACCGUUACAACAAGUGCAGGCAGUGCUAAUUCGAUACAACAGAGUGGAAGUGACAAGGGCAAAUCGGACAGUUCAGUCACAACCAACAGCAGUAGCAGUCAACAGACUGCAAGUUCCUCUACGAGCGCGUCAAAAAGCGAACAGAAAUCUGAGGAUCGAAAAGAAGCCGCGAUGCCGGAAAAGACCGAAGAAUUAGGUUGUACGAAACCGGCUUCAGUUAGACGAUCACCCCGACCGAAAACUGUAGACAGUAAGAAGUCCAUUCCGGAACCCAAGAAGGAGAAGUCGUAUGAUCCGCAAAAAGCCAGGGAGUUUAUCAAGGAGCAACAGGCAAAACGGAAGCAAGAAAAGAAGGCUACCACUCCUCAAAUGUCGGAUAAAGAUCUGAUCAAGAAGCGCCUGGAAGAUCUCAAAAAGAACACUCAGGUUUUGGUUUCCAAAAAUGUUCAAAAAACCAGAAAGCGAUCCUUUUCAGCGUCGGGAGCUUCCAGCCAAAAGUCCGGAAAUGCACCACUGAAAGCCGUAGAAAGCAACAAGCUGCCUCCGACAAAGACACUGAAGAAGAGUUCUUCCAUUUCUUCGCUCAAGACGGUAGCGGUUGUAUCGACAAAAUCGGAUUCUGCCAAGUCUUCAGCUGGCAGCAGAGAAUCUCGACGAAGGUCUUCCCUUUUGAAAGCUAAUUUGUCUGAGCACAUGGGAAUCAUGCGAAAGCCUGAUGCAGUUGCUCUGGAAGAGGUUAUGAUGAGUCCGUUGAGAAUACGGACGCCUCCCCGCCCUGUACAUCAUCCAGAAGUCAUCACUCCAGUUAGACCAGUCGAACCCAACGAGUCGAUCAGAAAUGUUCAAGAGAAGAGCGUUUCUGCCAUUGAACAGGAACUGAAACUGGAUGUUCCAGAGGUGAAGCUCGUCCCUGAUUCGACGGUUAAACAUCACGAACCUCCAUCUGUUGAGAAGAAGGAAUUUAAACCGGUUCCACCGUGGCUUAAGCAUACCCUUCUUCAACCAGAUCCUUAUCCCUUCAUAAUGGCCGUUCGUAAAAAACUGGAAGCCAUUCGUAAUUUGAACCAAAACCAAACCGCGCAUCCCGAUGAAUCAGUAAUUCCCAGAAAGCAUGAAGAAACCGUGAAACGGUCCGAAACGGCCAACAGCCAAAAGUGCCUUGAAUAUUUGGAAACGCUCAAAUCUGUGCCUUACGUCCACAAACCGUCCGAAAGUGACCAAAACAUUUCCUCCGUUUCACUUCAACACUCCGAUUCUAAUACUACCUCGGAGAUCAGCUCAAUCAAGUCGGACUUUAUUCUGCCACUGCCACCUCUGAGUAGCACCAAAUUCGACAGUACACAACCCGCGACACGGGAAACUCAUCACCCAAAAGUUGGACCCAUUAGUCCCCUCUCGAUGGAUCGAAUCUCCAACCUAAAAAUCACUGCCAACAGCUCAACCCUAGAGCGGAGCAUCAACUUCCACCGCGGAGACCACAUGCCCGGGUCUGAUCUCAUCCCGGAUCGUAUCUCCUUCAACAAUCGGAACGUUCAUGACCUCCGCCAAAGUCAACUCAGUCUCAACACGUCCGAAAAGCAACGGGACUUCCUGCAGAAACCUCUCGAGAAAUCCACCAAGGAACUUGAGUACCAAAAAAUGCUGGAAGCAUUCAACCGAAGCCUCACCCAGGUCAUUGAAGUCAACCAGCAGCUUUACUCUGCUCUGAACAAACCUCCGGAAUCCCUCCCACCGGAGCGGAUAAAAAUUCGAGACGGAAUGACUCAAACAACUCCGGUCCCUUCGGUCGCCAACGCAUCCGCCAAUUCCAACUACAGCGAAGACUUUGAACGCUCCGACGAUUUGAAACCGUCCAACCCUCCUCCGGAUUCCACUGAAUCAACCCCGGAGAAGAAAUCGUCAUCGGAACUUACGACAUCCACUUCGACUCCGUCUUCUUCCUCAACAACGGCUCCGCAAAGCACCACCAGUCCGGAUGAUAGCCCGUCAGGCAAGACCCAGUCCAGCGAGCAAUCGCAGCUGCUCGACUCAAGAUCACUGAGCCUAUCGGACAGCCACAACACGAAUCCGCCGAUGCCGGAAGAAUAUCUUCCAUCGUUUGAAGAGAGUCUCCGGCAACGGCAGCAGCCAUCACCACCGAAAGCAACGGAGAUCAAUCCGGGAAACAGUUCCACCAGCAUCGAAACCCAGAUCAGCGAUGAAGCGCCGGAUGAAGGCAAAAACGUUCUACGAGAGACGAUCGAAACCGAGUCGAAGAGUUUGGAAUCGAUUAGCAUGAAACUAUCCGAGGCGAGUGAAGUUUUGAACGAACAAUCACCGCCGAAGGAAGCGGAGGUUGAAAUUUUGAAAGCCGCUUCGAGUUCAAGCGCUGACGAUUCGGAGUUGGAAGCAAUCGAGAUGGAAAAGGGAACCGCCAUGAACGAUACCACCAUGGGAAGCGACAUCAUGGCGGUGUUUAAUCGGACGGAUAUGGAAGUUUCCAUCAUGUCCACGACGAUUUCCGAGGCCAAUCUGAGCUAUUCUUCGAUUGGAUUGUAUGACCAAUUGAUUCAAACGGAGAAAUGCAAGGGCGAACAGCUGGCUGCUCACGCACGGCUCAAAGAGAAGGCACUGCUGAAUCGCACCAAAGGUCAACUGGCCUGGUUGGAACUGCAGAAGCAGCGCUACCGGGAGCGUGGCAUGAUGGAACAAAUCAGCGUUAUCAAGAAGAAACAACGGGCUAUUCUGAUGCGACUGGAAAAGGAGCGAGCUGAUUUGAAUCGAUUAAAGAAGUCCAGUUCGGAGAUGUCCUCCCGCACCAGUGCCGUUCGCUCACCGAUGACACCGAAGUCGCUGGAAAAGUUGAAUUCGUUCUCGUCGCACAGUUCCAAUUCGAUUUCACUGCGCCGGAAUAGUGGCGGAAGCGGGAAAGGCGACGGCGCUGGUAUCAAUGCUUCGUUAGUUGUAUUGGGAGACUUGUCCACUAGCACCGGUGCUGGAGGCGACAACAGAUUGCAUCAGCGCCGAAGAACGGUCACGACGACAACGACGACGACCAUUUCCAACUCACAAUUGCAGCUGACGGCGGCCAUUCGCGGGAUGGAGCUGGAACCUAGCGAGAGCUUGGAGGACAUCCUUCAGCGGCGCGAACAGGAGCUACAAAAACGCCGUCAACAUGUACAGACCCUUCUCGAGUGGCACCAGAAGCUCGACCGCGAAGAACAGGAAAUCCUGGAUAUCGAGCGGAAUUUUCUGCAGUAUAAUCAGCGAAAAAUAACUGAAAGUAGAGCAGCCGACGAGCAAACAUUGAGUCGUAUCCGAACCAUCGAGAAGAGUUUGCAAACGCUGCAGCAGAUUCCGGACAAGCCACAUGGUUCGAAGUCAUCCGAUGACGAUGGCGAAGAAGUACAAGCCGUUGGAGGAAGUAAACUGAAUCGAUUGUGGUACAGAUUGACUGGGGUGAAGGAGAACCGGUAUGAACCAGCACGGAGCUACACAUUGACCAAGGCAAUUUUGGAAAGUUUAUAUGAAGAAGCGAAACAGCAGGUGUUGGAAGGGUUUAGGGAGAAUGAAGGCAUGAGAAAGGUACUGUUGGAACAGUCGAUGAGUGGAUUGAACAGCAGUGCAAGUGUGGGUAAGGAUGUCAGUGGGAUCAGCGAUCAGAGAAAUACAAGCUCGGAACAGGUCCACACAACUGUGGAGUCUAGUGAAGGAAACUCGUUUCAAACGACGGUCAAUUCAGCUGAGCUAGCACAAGAAAGUGCUAACCCUUCUGCCAAACUGGUGGAAGAGGAAGAAAGUAAGACCGACGAACAGAUUGAAGAACGGAGCAGUCUGCUAGAUGUGGAGGAAAUAAUUUCCCGGGUAAGCGACAUAACGGAAAAUAUCAAUGGAUUUCUUUCAUCAACGACCAACAUCGAUGAACUGCUGCAGCAGGAAGAACAGGAGAAGCAACUGUCGGAUUCGGUUGAAUUCCAUACCAUAGAAGACGAACAGGAUUCUGGUAGUCAAACAAAGCCCAGUUCCGACACUUACUCGGUUACUUUUGAUAUACCAACGAUUGAAGCAAAUCGAUUGCCUCUGUCCGCGGAAGACAAUCAAUUGAUGAUUGAAGACACUUCACUUCCUCCGAUGAUGAAUGACGACUCCCUGUUGAAUGAUGAGUCCAUUGCCGAAUCGAUUCCAGAGUCGGCCGAGAAGCCAACGGAAGAAAUCCCCGAUGACGUUUCCUUGGAGGAAGCGAGUUCCACAGCAUCAUCAGCAACAACGCCAACAACUGCCGAGGAAACUGAAACGGAAUACAAUGAUGUCCUGAUUGGGAAGUCCCCGGCUAAGGAUUCGACUGCCUCUGAACUUGAGAAACGACUCAUUACAUUGAAUGAAAAUUUGGGGGAAUUAAAUGAAAGCAUAGAACGGGUUUCUGCAAUAAGAUCUCCAGAAGUUCCCAAGUCGGAGCGGCAAAAUUCAUCGGAAAGCGAAUCUGUCACUCCUCCAGUCAUCGAGGAGGAAUAUUCCACCGACAUGGAUUUUACAGCCGAAGAUCGUAGAUCUUCUACGGAAAGUGCAGAUGCGAAGCCUUUUCUCGAUGACAUCCAAGCAUUAAAGGUCCCACAAAAUCAGCUCACCGAAGACAGUGACGAAAGCCAUAAAAUCGAGAUUAAAAUCCGAAACAUAAACGCGAAUGAAAAUUUUCCACAUCCAUCCACCGUUGGUGUUCCUUCCACUUCCGGUGUUUCCAGUUUCUCCUACCUCACACCACCGGCGCACGGUCCAAGCACUUCCACGCAAACAACCGUAAUCCAAAACCGGAUGCCGGACAUCAUCAACGAAGCGGAAGUUCUUCGCCGCCAACAGCUUCAAAUCGAACAGGAAAUCAAGCAACUGGAACAGCAGGUCGUAUUCUUCCGGGAGAUCCCCAAUAAACCACCCCCGCCAUACAUUCCGCCUGCCAACGGAAGUCCUCUGGCCCUCAUUUUUCCACCCGAGUCCCGGAUCAACGAUCUAAUCGAAACUCGCACCAAGGAACUCUACCUCGAUGAACCCGCCGCGGAGAUGCUUGGCUCGGAUCACGUAACCAACAUCUACGAAAAGCUCAUCCUGGACAUGUGUAAGGAACUGUUCACAGACGUACGCCCUCCCUCGCCGGACGUCUCCUUCCGCACGGUGAGGCACGAAAAGCGACCACUUGCCUUCUACAAUCCACCGGAUCGUUUGGUCUGCCUGCAAAGCUACAUGAAGCAGAAAAUCAAACGAAUCCUCAACGAAGACAGCCUGCUGCAGCAGCAACAGCAUCAGCUAAACCUACAUCACUGCCCCAUGCCGUUCCUGAUGUUUGCCGGAAGCAGUGCCAAACGCAAACGGGACCAGGUCGAUGAAAUUCUGGCACAGGAAAUGUUCGACGAGGAAGCCCGCUGGACGAAUUUUGACCGGGAGGAGAUCGAGGUGAAGGAACGGAUCGUUGAAGAAGUGACCAAGAUGUUGGUGGAAGAAGCCGUCCGCGAUAUGGAUCAGGUUUGGAAGGAGAAGAAUGCAGGCAAGCAGGAGGAGAGCAACUUGCAGGACGGGAAGGUAGAGGAAUUGAACUGAAUACAUACCUACAAUAUUGUAAGACGUAUAAAACAAAAAGAAAAAUCAAAUGUGAUGUUUGAAAGUGCAUUUCAAUUUUACACACCUUGAAAGGUUAGUUGUUAAGGAUUGUUUUUUAAAUAGCAUGUUAGGGAGUCAUAUUUUAGUGUUUGAUUGCUUACACCUAUGGGCUAACUACUUAAGUAUUAUACAUUUGAACAACGAUUGACCGGUUUUAUGUUUUGCUCAAUUUUAUACAAACAUACUGAUUUGAUACGACAAGAUCUGAUUAUGGUUAGUGAUUUUUCAUUGUUUCCUUAACCCGUACAUAACUAAUAUGCAAUAAACAGUCGAGUUAAUGAAGUGUCUUAAAGAAAGGUGCAUAGGUAUACUGCCCAUAAAAGCAUAAUAGUUCCAAAUGGAGUUUUAUCAGAAAUGAGUUAUCCAUUAGAAUCGAGUGUAAACUACCUUUACUUUAUGCUGUGCACUAAAAGUCACAUGUUUUGUUCAGAAAAUAUGGUGAAAAAUAGCAAAACUUGGUUGUCCCAUCGGAA